AUGCAGUACAUUGAGCGAUUUUUUUCGUCAGCGAAACGGAUGUAUAGUGACAUCAAUAGCGCUACCCUUAGUGGAGCUAUUGAUGUUAUAGUUGUCAGAUACCCCAAUGGUGAACUUGUUAGUUCGCCUUUUUAUGUACAAUUUGGAAAGACUGGGGUCUUUCGACCGUGCGCAGAUGAGGUGGAAGUAAUGAUCAAUGGAGUCCUACGCACGGAUCUUCACAUGCGUGUGAACAGGUUUGGUCAAGCGUAUUUUGAUGAUCCAUACCAGAAUGCACCGGACGAUGAAUCAAGGCCACGCUCUCCGAACAUUGAUUCUGGAAUCCAAUUGGGCAAUGAAUUCGAAUCAAACAUGCUUUGGUGGAAUCAGGACAACAUAGCCAAACACUCUGUUAAAAUUCAAACCUACCGACUCACUGAUGAGCAAAGUAAGGCUGCUGAUCCAAAUUCACAAUCAGUCAACGACAGUGUCUGGGUGUACUGGGAGAAUAGGUGGUACUCCUGGAGAACGGCUAACAUAAAACUUCGCUUCUUACGCAACCUUGGCAAUCCUCUACCCUCGUACUUUGAGGCGUUGCAAUCAAAAUUGAUGGAAGUGGAUCGAGAAAACCCGGCCUUCGUUUUGCUUCCCAGUUCUCUACCCUCGCUGUCGGAGGAUAAAGAGCAAGAGGGAACACAAUUUGAACUGGAUCAAUCGGAGAGCUCCGAGGCUGUUUUAAAGCCUUGCUCAUUUGAUCCAUUCAAGUCAUCAUCGCAUGAGGAUGAGGAUGACCCACACGAGGAUCUCCGGGUCAGCUUUGGAGGCAAUCACCCUUCGUCUUUACCAGCAACGCCUCCACAAUCUCCAAGUUCCAAUGAAUUGGCCUACUUUUCUGAUGGCCAUUCACCGAAAAACUAUGAGGAGGAGGAAGGUCGCUUAGAUGAUCGUUUCAAUUGGCGUCUCCAUUGUCAAUGGGGACAGGCGUACAAUACUCGAGCCUUUAAGCUUUCAUCCGAGGCUAUUAAAAGAUUGGGCCUUAGCGACGGAACCAACGAGGCAGUAUUCACUACAAUCAACAAAUACCAGGGCACAUGCACUUGCUAUUGCCUUAUAUACGUGUGGAACUCCACUGACAAAGUUGUCAUCUCCGACAUUGACGGUACUAUUACUAAGUCUGACCUGUUAGGUCACGUCCUGCAUUGGGUGGGUUUGGAGUGGACACAUCCAGGGGUGAUUCAACUCUACAAGAAGAUAUCUGAGAAUGGAUAUCGUCUGAUGUACCUUUCUGCACGAUCCAUAGGUCAAGCGAAUCCUACAAGAAACUUUCUUGAGGGAUUGGAACAGGACAAUGAGAAACUGCCCGCUGGGCCUAUCAUUCUAUCUCCAAAUUCACUGAUCACCACCAUCCAAAUGGAGAUUAUACAGAAACGUCCCCAAGUCCUGAAAAUCUCCAAUCUGAAGCGACUAGGUGAGCUCUUCCGUCACCAGAAUCCCAAGGCGCCUUGUCCAUUCUUUGCGGGUUUUGGAAACCGCACUAGCGACGUGGAGACCUAUCGAGCAAUCGGGAUUCCCGAUUCACAUAUAUUUAUCGUGAAUCCUGAAGGGGUUAUCGAGACACCCACCGGUAUUAAACUGCCCACUGGCUACACUGCCCUCUGCGAGAUGACUGAUUUGGUGUUCCCAUCUGACCAACAGAUAUUGUCAGGCAGCGUGGAGUACUCUGACUUCUCCUUCUGGCGUGACAAUCUUCCCACUUUAACCAGCCCAUGA